AGAAAUUUUGAGGCUAGCAGUGGACACGUCGGAAGGCCUUUUUGAUUGCCAUGGCAAAGACUUUUCGAAGUGUCCGGCGGCCAUUGCCGUUGCUGGUGGUGUUGGCACUCCUCUAUGCCCCCGCUUUUGUGCAGCUCUCCGUGCCCCGCGCCCAACCUGCCGUGGCUCGCAGGUCCAGGGGCGGAGAAGCAGACAUCGGCAAGCUGGCGGUGGGAGAUGCUGUGAGCGCCAUUUGCCCCGAUGAUGAUCAAUGGUACCCAGGGGCGAUCGACACCAUCAAUGAGGAUGGGACCUUCAGCGUAAAAUGGGAAGAUCCAGAGGGCGGACCUGAGAGCCACAAUGUGGCUGCGGACGCUAUCAAGAAGAUUGUCAUCUUCAAGGACUACAAGGUGGGCGAGGCGAUUGAGGCGGUUUUCCCCGAUGACAGCUACUGGUACCCUGCAGAAGUGAUCAAGGCCAACGAGGACGGCACCUUUGCGGUGAAGUGGGAGGAUCCGGAUGGCGGCCCCGAGCAGUCUGAUGUGCAGCCGAAGGACAUGAAGUAUCCGCCGAUCCCCUGGGAGAAGCUGGAAGUUGGCCAAAAGUACACGGGCACCGUCCGCUCCGUUCUGGACUUUGGCGCCUUCGUGGACAUUGGCGCUGAGUCGGAGGGCUUGCUGCACAUCUCUCGCAUCAUUGAGGGCAGAGUGGACAACAUCUAUGACCACCUGUCCGAGGGUCAGACCGUGGAUGUGUGGAUCGCUGGCAAGAGGGAGGAGGGGAAGUUUGGACUCACCAUGAUUGAGGGCCAGAAGGAGGGGGAGAGGUUUCGACCAGCGCAGGUGGACAUGGCCCCCUUCGCCAGCGUCAACCCGGAUGAGUGGCAGAAGGGCGUGGUCGCACGCAUCGCCCCCUUCGGGGCCUUCGUGACGGUGACACUGGAGGACGGCACCUCUGCGGACGGGCUGCUCCACUUGUCCAAGAUCAAGGAGGGCUUUGUAGACAACGUCGAAGAUGAGCUGUCGCUGGGUCAAGAGGUGCAGGUGCGCAUCGACAACGUGGACCUCGAUACCAACAGGAUGGCCCUCUCCAUGGUGGAGAGCGGCUUUGGCGGCGGCGGCGGCGGCGGCAUGCGGCAGCCCAAGGACUUCAGCGCUUUCGAGGGCAUGGACCCAGACACCUUUGUGGAGGGCAAGGUGGCCUCCAUCGCGCCCUUCGGCGCCUUUGUGACAAUCACCAAGGAUGGCGCUUCAGCAGAUGGACUUCUUCACAUCAGAGACAUCCGCGACGGCUUCGUGGAGUCUGUGGAAGACGAGCUCUCAGUGGGUCAAGAGGUCCAGGUGCGCGUGGAGUCUGUGGACACUGCAGCGGGCAGGAUGAGUUUGUCAAUGAAGCCCAGUUCCUUCUAAACCUUACUAUGCUGGCGGAUGCCAGCCCCCUACACUGUGUUUCGCAAGGUCUUGCAGAUGAUUCUCCAUUCUUGGGCGAUCGUUUAGAGCCGGAGAUCUAAGCUUGAUUUCUGGCCUUGCGAACGCAAUAGGGGUGCCGGAACCUAGACGGCAUGCUGCAUGCCGUAGUUUCAUUCGUUUGCACCCUCCUUUGGGCGCAAGCUGGUGGCUUUGGCAGCUGCAGCUCGAUUUGAGACUAGGCCGCGCAGGAUGUCCAGCAGCGAGCCGUCAAGUGCAGUUGUUCCAUGGCAGAAUUUGGCCGGAGGCCGUGUUCCGUUGCUUGCCAUGGCAUGCAUAUGGAAUUACUUGUCAGAACGGGUGAGG